AUGGAUGAUUAUGGUGUUUCUCCUUCUUCUCUUUCCUCUAUUUGUGAGAAAUACGACGUCUUUCUGAGUUUUAGAGGUACAGACACGCGCCAUAACUUCAUAAGUCAUCUUUUUGCUGCAUUGACACGAAAGCAGUUCAAGACUUUUAUCGAUGAGGAAAGCCUUGAGAAAGGAGACGACAUUAAUACCGCACUUCCUGAAGCAAUUCAGAAGUCAAAGAUUGCGAUAAUCAUUUUCUCAAAAGAUUACGCUUCUUCAACCUGGUGUUUGCGUGAGCUCGAAAGUAUACUCGAAUGUCGCCGAGAAAAUAAACAGAUGGUAAUAGCUAUUUUUUACGAAGUAGAUUCAUCUGAUAUACGGAAACAAAAAGGAAGUUAUGAGAAGUCAUUCAUAGAGCAUGAAUAUCGUUUCAAGGACAACAUAAAAAUGGUUGAUAAAUGGAGAGCUGCUUUAACAGAAUCUGCUGAUCUAUGUGGAUGGGAUUCACGAGUCACAAGGCCUGACACUAAGUUAAUUGAAGAAGUUGUUGAAGACGUGUUGAAAAAAUUGCAAAGUACUGUCUUGUCAAGUGCUGAUGGUUUGAAGGGCAUGAUUGGAAUGGAAAAACGCUGUGAACAACUUGAAUCGCUAAUAAGUAUUGGGUCAGCAAAUACUCGCAUAAUAAGCUUGUUUGGAAUGGGUGGCAUAGGCAAAACAACCCUUGCCAAUGCAGUAUAUGGUCGAAUCUUUUCUCACUUUGAAAGUUGUUGCUUUCUCAAAAAUGUUAGGGAAGAAUCCGAGGAAGUACGUGAUGGAUUAGAGAAAUUACGAAAGAAGCUCUUCGCUAAGUUGUUGGGGGAAAAAACAGUUGAUUUGGAAAUGCCUGCUUCGCUAGAAAUCGUCAAAAGGAGGCUCAAGCGUACGAGGGUUCUUAUUGUUUUGGAUGAUGUAAGCGAAUCAAAGCAAUUAGAGCAUUUAGUCCGUGACGGUGACCUUUUUAAGUCUGGUAGUAGGAUUCUCCUAACGACAAGAGAUCAAAAGGUCCUUAGGACGAUUAGAGGUAGCAAUGAGGUCGAAAUAUCCGAGUACGUGGUUGAGCAGUUGAAUGAUAGUGAAGCUCUUGAGCUUUUUAAUUUUACAGCUUUUGUUGAAGGAAAGCCUCCCACACCAGAAUACGCAGAACUAUCAAAGCAGGCAGUGUCUUAUGCUGGAUCCAUUCCGCUAGCUAUUAAAGUUGUGGGUUCUGAGCUUCGUUCGCUUCGUGAACCCAACAUAGAAAAAUGGAAAAUGACCUUGAAGAAAUUGAAAAUGUCCCCUCAUUCAAAUAUUCGCAAGGUGUUAACAAUAAGUUAUGAGGGACUGGAGAAAGAUGAGAAAAAUAUCUUUCUUGAUAUCGCAUGUUUCUUCAAAGGGGAGCGUAGAGAUUUUGUAGAAAACAUUCUGAAUGCGUGCAAUUUUUCUGCGAGUACAGGGAUAGAUAAUCUCAUUGAUAAGUCUCUCAUAACAAUCGAUCCUCAAGGUAACGAGCUUCAAAUGCAUGACUUGGUGCAAGAUAUAGGUCAGGACAUUGUUUGCCAAGAAUCUGAAAAACCAGGAAAACGCAGCAGAUUAUGGAUCGCUGAAGAAAUUAUAGAUGUCCUGGAGAAUAACGUAGGGACUGCAAAUGUUCAAGGACUAUUCCUGGAUUUUUUAAAGAUUGAUAAAGUCAUACACUUGGAGCCUACAAUUUUUGAAAAGAUGUGUAAUUUGAGAUUGCUCAAAAUCAAUGAUCAUUCCUCUUUUCCCAAGAAACGAAGAAUGUACCUUCAACAAGGUCUACAGUGUCUUCCCAAUUCGCUGCGAUAUCUUGAGUGGAAUGCUUAUCCUUUGGAAUCUUUACCACCAAACUUUAAGCCGAAAAAUCUUGUUGAACUGAAGAUGGUUCAUAGUGAACUUAAGCAACUUUGGGAUGGAGGCCAGGUCCUUAAGAAGUUAAGAGGCAUUGAUCUAAGCUUUUCUCGUAACUUGACUCGAAUUCCAGAUGUUUCUGCUUCUCCAGACCUUGAGAGGAUAAAUCUUCAGUAUUGUGAAUUUUUGCGUGAAAUUCCUUAUUCACGGAUUCAGCAAAAUCUUAACAACCUUAUUGAUGUCACGUUGAGAUGCUCUGACAGGCUUCAAAAAGUUCCAGAUAGAAUAUUAGACGCGGCAUCUCUGAGAACUCUUUCUCUUAGCCGUCUUAACCUUCUUCCAACAGUGAUUACAUCUAGGAGCCUGGAGACUUUAGAUAUAUGUUCAAUUUUCAAUCAGGAGACUUCAUCAGUUGAUAACUGCAAACAACUUUCAAAUCUAAGUGUUUUGAAUAAUCUGAACUCGUUGAGAUGCCUUAUCUUUCGAUUCUGCUCAAAUCUCGAGAAGCUUCCAGAGCUUCCAAGUAAUAUUGAGCAAUUGUAUAUUGAGCAGAUAUCAAUAAAAGAACUGGACUUCCAAUCAAUCGAGGAUCUUAAACUUGAGGAGCUUAGCAUAUUUGAUUGCAGAAGUCUUGAAAGUUUACCACCUCGCAUUUUUGAGUUGAGGUUUCUUCAUUCUCUCAAUCUCACUGGGUGCACAAAGUUGAAGAACCUUCCAGAUAUCUCCAAACCAAUGGAAAGCUUAACGGAUCUUUGCAUAGACAAAACGGCGAUUGAAAAGCUUCCCUCGUCAUUUGGAAAUCUAAUUGGGCUUCGCACACUAAGAGCGGAUUUUUGUAAAUAUCUUGAGUUUGACCCAGAAAUCAUCUUUAACAUGCCUAAGCUUGCGGAUCUCAGCCUUUCUAACUGUCCACAACUUACAAGUUUUACUUUCCACGGGGUAGAUUUGGAAAACAUUAAUGUUGGGCGCUCUAAUAUAGAGAGAAUCCCUGAAAGCAUCAAAGACGCUUCUAAGCUGAGAAGGCUUGACUUGAAUAAUUGCCGUGAUCUUCGUUCUGUACCGGCUCUUCCGUUGAGUCUAGAAUCUCUUGAUGCAAGUGGAUGCACAUUGUUGGAGGAGGUGUCAAUAUCAGAAGGAGCACUCACACAAGAGCUUGAGAAUAAUUAUCCUAUUACAAAGAAUACUUCAAUAUUCUAUAAUUGCUCGAAAUUGGGUCAAAAGGCACUAGACAACAUUAUAACUGAAUUCCAGCGUAGAGUUCUGCGCAUGGCUACCCGAUUUGCAUCCCUAGGACAUCAGAGUGGUUCGAUCAUCAAGAGGAGGGAUGUCGGAUUGAGAUCAAUAUUCUUCCCCAUAACUUCUUGGGUUUUGUGCUGUGUGCUGUUGGGUACGCUUGGGAGUAUUCUAUGCGGACGGAUUUAG